AUGGGAUAUGGACUCUUCGUCACUACCGUUAUCCAGUGUGGUGGAGCAGCAUUCAUCGUAACUGCCCUUUCCCUUGACUGUGACCAGCAGUUUGCUGCCGUCCUCGCACACGCAACAGCUGUUUUUAAUCUCGGUGAGUGAUGUGCAAUUCUACACCUGUUAUACAUAAGUAAACAAAUGUUGCUACUAUUUAUCUAAAAGUAGCUUUAUUUUACUUUUAGUUCUCGCUCCGCUCUGGGUCCACACUGUCGGAGUAUAUCUAUUUGCACAGCCCAUCCUUAUAGAACGUCUCAUCGGUCUAUCCUCGCUAAUUGUCCUAUUUCAACUCUUCGGAGUCCUCCUCCGAUGGAAAAAGCCCUCCGCUGCCGUCGCUGUGCUUACCUGGCUUAGCCAACCUCUCCUGCUUUUGGCGGGCAUACUUUUAGUAACUCUUGGUGUCUACAUCAACCAGUACGUGUUCCAGUAUAUAAACAAACAGCUGGUCGCCGCUCUCGUAACUACCCUGACAAUGGCUUACGUCCUGGGCUGGGCAGUAGGUCUGGCUCUCCGGUUGGAGACACCGCGCUGCAGAGCCUUUGUCUCGCAUGUAUCCGCAUUUCAGGGUUUUCUCUCGAUCCCCAUCUUGCGUAUGAGCGUCCCCUCACCUGAGGGUGAGCUGGCAUCCACAGUGGCUCUCUGGAUGAUCUUUCUCAUGCCCAUUCCUUUUGUAUAUCAUGUCAUAAUUCGUCUUAUUCAGCGAGCAGUACAGAACCUGAGAGAAGAACGACGGAAAGGGCAUGUCAAAUGUCGUGGGCCCACGGCCGUGCUGUGUGCCGAUUCGCUGGCAGCGGUCGCUGCAACCGCCAUAAUCCAACCGGAUCACCGGACUUUCAACGCUGGUGCCAACAGUAGGAACAACAACAACAAUAACCACCAUAACAGCAGAGUGGAGGACAUCUUUCUGACAGUGCGUAGUGCAGACGCCUUGUUCGUCGAUCGCCAGUCAGUAUGCAGCGGUGAGGAGAAUAGGCGAGUCGGAAGUGGAACCAAAACGCACUCCAAGAGCGUGGUGGCGUUCAGAGAGGGCAUGGGUGAAUACGAGCAUGAACGUUUUCUCGAGUACGUUGGCGAAAGAAGGGUUCAAGAGCGCAGAAGGAAUGGCCGGUCACGCAGGGUAGUUACGCGUCACUAUGCCGAAGAAGCGGCAUUAGCAGCAACAGGAUCCAGGGUGCCCCCGACGUAUCCCAUCCAGCCACCUCCCCCAAAACCUCGUCACUGA